ACUUUUUUUUCAAAAAAAUUUUAUCACUCAACUUAUCGGUAAAUUUGAAUUUUGAAAGUUCAAAAGACGAUAAUUUUUCGUAUAAAAGAGUGUCUGUAAUUUGUACGAAAUUAAUGAUAAAUGCUGCUGCAAAGCUCGCUACUCCUCUAGCCCUGUGCAUUCAUUCGUAGCUUUCAAACUGAGACUUUUACUACAAAUUUGACUAUGCAAUGAUCGUCGAUCUCUCGUAACAAUGGACCCAUCAGUAGAGGAAUCGAAUACCGAAAACGUACCCCAAACCGAAGCUUCCGUCACACCUGCAGCCAAAAAGAAAUGUGUUCGGAAAGAAUACAACGUCACAAAUCGCAGCUGCGAAAUAGUCGUCAACGGUCUGAAAGAAGUCACUCGUAAAUACGAGAAAUCGUGCAAAAGCGUAAUCAAAGUCUUGAAGGCGAAUCCUCGAACCAAAUUCAAGACUCACUUUUGCGUAACCGCGAUGCCGGAAUUCAUGGAACGAGUACACUCUUUGGAUUUCUCGAACCGAGUAAUAUUUCUAGACGGUACCGGUAACGCGAACCGAUUCAACUGCAGCGUAUUCGUAUUGAUGAUCGACAGCCACGUGGGUGCUUUACCAUUCGGUUUCUUUAUAACGUCGUACAAAAGCGCCAGUUUGCUAGAACCGACUUUCAACGCUUUAUCCGAGAUAAUGCCGAAUAACGCUUUCAAUACGCCUACAUUUCCUAAAAUAGUAAUCACCGGUACCGAUCAAGCGGAGCAUACGGCGAUUACAAAGUGUUUCUCGUCGGUUAAAGCUUACAUCGGCGGAUUUCAUUUGCUGAGGGAUGUUUGGAGAUUUAUUUGGGAUCCGGAGAAUCGAAUAGCCAAUACGGAUAGACCCCAAUUGUAUAAAUUAUUCAAAGAUAUAAUUUAUUCUAAUACCGAAGACCAACUCAAUUGUAAUAUUUGGGCUUUUAACGAGAACGUGGUCGCUAAAAAGUACCCGGAGUUUAUGAAAUACUUCAACACGUUGUUGAAAAAGAAAGAUCUAUGGGGCUUGGAUUUUCGCGUACGGAGCAACGUACUGUACGAUAAGAAUAUCCUCACCUCGGAAAUGCACGUUUUGAAAGAGAACAUCCUGCAUAACUCGAGAACAUACAGCGUUACCGAACUAUUCGAAUACUUCUGUACGAAGUUCUGCGAUUACUACAGGACUAAAAUAACCGACGCUGCUAGUGGCCUAAUCAAAAGUCUCAGUGAGCUCAGAUACAUGCCUAACUGCAAAGACGAACUCGCUGACUUGAAAGUUAGCAAUAUGUGCUGCGAAGAAGUCUUAGUAGUCAGUAUAAAACGUAACACCGAAUACUACGUCAACAAGGAACUGGGUACUUGUACUUGCGUUCUUGGAAAAUACGGUACACCUUGUGUUCAUCAGUUUGUAAUCGCUCUUAAAUUCAAAUCGGAGCUAUUUACAAUCGCUCCGAUGAAUUUGGAAGAUAAAGGUAAAUACUGCUACCUUGCCACCGGUCUACCGUACGUGCUAGAGCAACCGAAUGCUGUACUCCUAGAUGUUUCCUCGUUCGAUAACGAUACCACUACUCAGGUGGAGGAUAAUACCAACGAUCUCGAUUUCAUUACGGAAUACGUUGUAGUUUCCAAUUCCGAUAACGAAUGCGAAGUUGUCGCUGAAACGCGCCAGUAUACUUCCGAAGACUGUAUCAACGCCAUCGAAGCGUUCUGGUCUAAGCUGUCUCCUUUUACGAAAGAUCAUCCUAAUGAAAUAUAUCAAUGGAUUGUUUCGAUGGAUAAGAAACUCGAUAGCGCGCAGAAUAUUAACGAUGUUUUAUCCGUAUUGUACUCGAAGAAGAGUAGCAGCUGAAAUUGGCUAGGAUAGGUUCUUUAAGCGGGUUUCAGAUUGUUGGGUUGUUUCGUUUGCUUCCAGUUUGUGUUUUUACCAACCAAGACUGAUUGCUUAAUGUGUAUAGUUUUGUAUUCAAAACCAAAAAUUUAAAAAAAAUGUAAAUUAUUUAUUUUUAUUGAAUUUUGUUUUUCAAAUAAAUAAUUACCUAUCUGA